AUGUCCUCAGCAAGCACUCCACUCAUUCCAAAGAUGAUAAACGGCAUUUCGCAACGUUCCGAUGACCCGGCCGUCCAGACCAGCAGCAACUCUCAGCAACGGUCAUCGUCAACCCACUCAUCGGUGAAGAAAAAGGGUGUGAAGGACUUUGAACUCGGGAAAACACUCGGUGAAGGUUCAUAUUCUACGGUUGUUGCUGCCAGAGACCGCACAACGGGACGAGAGUAUGCUAUCAAGAUUCUCGAUAAGAAGCACAUUAUUAAAGAGAAGAAAGUUAAAUAUGUCAAUAUCGAAAAGAACACUCUAAAUAAAAUGAAUCAUCCUGGGAUUGUCCGCUUGUAUUUUACAUUUCAGGAUCAUAACAGCUUGUGUAUCCUUUUGUAUCAUGCAAAAAAUGGAGAACUGCUGACAUUUAUUAAGAAGCUUGGUUCUUUCGAUUUGAAUUGCACGCGGUACUAUACGUCACAAAUAUUAGCGGCUAUAGAAUACAUGCACGACCAAGGUGUAAUUCAUAGGGAUCUAAAACCGGAAAAUAUACUGCUGGACGAAAAGAUGCAUAUUAAAGUAACCGAUUUCGGUACCGCAAAAAUAUUGGGAAAAAACGUCGCCGGAGAAACAGACGAUCGUGCAAAUUCCUUUGUAGGAACUGCAGAAUAUGUUAGCCCAGAGUUGCUCAAGGAAAAGGCUGCUUGUAAGAGUUCCGACUUUUGGGCACUAGGUUGUAUUUUGUACCAGUUAAUUGCAGGUAGACCUCCUUUUAAAGGAGGCAACGAAUAUAUGACAUUUCAGAAGAUUGUUCACUUGGAUUAUACCUUCCCAGAAGGGUUUCCGCCCGUUGCAAAAGAUCUUGUCAAAAAACUAUUAGUCCUUAAUCCAGCAGAACGACUAGGAGCCGGUGGCAAGGAAGGAGUAAAACAGCUCAAGUCUCACCCAUUUUUUGAUGGGGUUCGAUGGGACACGCUCUGGCAGCAACCAGCUCCUCGCCUUCUUCCUUAUUUGCCCCCUAAGCCUCACGAAGAGGAACUCCGAACCGAUACUAGUAUCUACGAAGAAAAAAUUUCAAAUGUUAGUGUAGAUAACGGUAACAGUCCGGUUGCAUCAGGAUUGGAAGCACGAGAUCCAUUUAGAUUGGAGAGUUGGGCUAGUACGGAUGGAUCGGAGAAGAUUGAUCCAGAGAGAGCAGGAAAGUUAGAAGAGCAGAAGAGGACUUCAGCUCAAUGGCUUCCGUUUCUGUUAAGAACUGAGUUAAUUCUUCGUACUGGUCCUAUCAACAAACGCAAAGGAUUCUUUUCGAAACGACGACUUCUUAUUUUAACGGACUUUCCCAGAUUGAUUUAUGUUGAUCAGGAGAAAAUGACACAGAAGGGCGAGAUAUAUUGGAGUUCAAGGAUGGUUGUGGAAUUAAAGAAUAAGAAACAUUUCUUUGUGCAUACGCCACGCAAAACAUAUUAUUUUGAAGACCCUAAUGGCACUGCUAGUGAUUGGGUCAACAAAAUAAACGCAGUUCUUAUCGAAAACUAUGGCGGAAUGUUGUGA